AUGAUCAAUAAUAUACAAGAGGCAUGCGGACUAGAACAAAUCAAGAAAGACCCGACGAUUAUUUAUGAAGACAACGCUGCUUGCAUAGCUCAAAUAAGAGAAGGCUACAUUAAAGGCGAUAGAACAAAGCACAUCUCACCAAAGUUCUUCUCAACAUAUGACUUACAAAAGGAAGGGGAAAUCGAUGUUCGUCAGAUCAAGUCAAGUGAAAAUCUAGCAGACCUGUUCACAAAGUCGUUACCCAGAAGCAGUUUCGAGCACUUAUCACAUGAGAUCGGGCUUCGUGGAUUAAAAGACGUUAGUUAA